AUGGCUGCGGCCAUCGCCAGCGGUCUGAUCCGCCAGAAGCGUCAAGCGCGCGACUUGCAGCACUGGGACCGGCCCUCGGCCAACAGGAGGCGCAACAGCCCCAGCAAGAACCGCGGGAUUUGCAAUGGCAACCUGGUGGAUAUCUUCUCCAAGGUCCGCAUCUUUGGGCUCAAGAAGAGGAGGUUGCGGCGCCAAGAUCCCCAGCUCAAGGGCAUAGUGACCAGGUUAUAUUGCAGGCAAGGCUACUACUUGCAAAUGCACCCAGAUGGAAGUCUCGAUGGAACCAAGGAUGACAGCACUAAUUCUACAUUGUUCAACCUCAUACCAGUGGGACUUCGAGUUGUUGCUAUCCAGGGUGUAAAAACAGGCUUGUAUAUAGCCCUAAAUGGAGAAGGAUUCCUUUAUACAUCAGAACUUUUUACGCCGGAAUGUAAGUUUAAGGUUUUUGAAAACUAUUAUGUAAUCUACUCGUCGAUGCUGUACAGACAGCAGGAAUCGGGUAGGGCCUGGUUCUUGGGACUCAACAAAGAAGGGCAAGUUAUGAAAGGCAAUAGAGUGAAGAAAACAAAACCAGCAGCUCAUUUUCUACCGAAGCCAUUGGAAGUUGCCAUGUAUCGAGAACCCUCUCUACAUGAUGUUGGGGAAACAGUGCCAAAGGCUGGGGUGACGCCAAGUAAAAGCACAAGUGCAUCGGCAAUAAUGAAUGGUGGAAAACCAGUGAACAAGAGUAAGACCACAUAG